AUGGCCACGUCCGUGCUACAGUCGCCCGACCUCGUCGCCGCCAUCGCCGCGUACCAAGAAGGUCUACCAGAAGACUUGGCCGCGGCCCAGCGCAUCGCUGAUGCUAUUGAGCUCACGCCGUGCUUCAACGAGGAGCAAACCGGAUACCUCGCCCACGUUCCGACCCGGUUCGCGUGGCUGCCGUACCUCCAGCGGUACCCACAUCCGACGACCAAGCUACCGAACCACGCACUCUUUGUCUCGCCGCGCGUGUACGAUCCGGCCCUGGCGCUGCACCUCGCGGUCGUCGACGGCGACAUGGCGCUCGUCCAGCACUGGCUACGCUGGGCUCCAUCACUUUGCACGUCGGCAACGCUCGAGCUUGCCGCGGCUGCGUCCCAAGGUCCAAUUCUGCGCCUCCUUCUUGCGCAGUUUUCCGCGCUCGCGACCACCAAGAUGAUGGACCUCGCGGCUUUGUCGGGCGACCUUGCGCUGCUAACAUGGCUCCACGAGGUUGGCGCGCACUGCACUUCGGCGGCGAUGGAUGGCGCGGCCAUGAACGGGCACCUCGAUGUCGUCGUCUUUCUGCAUGCAAUGCGCGCUGAAGGCUGCACGAGCGUCGCGGCCACCGCGGCGGUGGUCCACGGCCACUCGGCGAUCGUGCAGUACUUUCUCUCAGAACGCACAGAAGGCGUCAAGCCUUCGCUCGACUUUGAAGCCCCACACGGCGAGCACAAGACGCAUUGUGCUGUCGACCUUGUUGCGGCGACGGUCCAGCUGACGGACGCGGCGUUCACACGCAUUGUGAAGCAGACCGGGCUCGCUGCGCUGCACCACCUCGCCGUCGCCACGCAAGACCACCCGAUGCUGCGCUACGUCUUGGAGUGCAUCGACCUAGAAGAGUACCCGCGACCGCAAGGGGACGAUGAGUGGUUGCCACCAGACGCGCCAGAGGACACGACAGUCGACUUUCGACAAGGCCCGCGGCGAAAUGCGGAUGUCUACCAUCCGAUCGACCGGUGGGAGCACUGCUGUGUGAUGCAACUGGCGGCUUUUAACGGUGACAUCACGUCGCUGGAGCUCUUGCACAAGAGCCGACUCCGCGUUGGGUCGGACCGAGCUAUCGACUACGCGGGCUACUGUGGCCACAUGGACGUGCUCGAUUGGCUGCACACGCACCGGCGCGACGGCUGCACCGAAGACGCCAUGACUCUCGCCGCAGUCGCCGGCCGCUUGGACGUGGUUCGAUGGCUCCACGAAGACUACGGUCUUUGCCGAACCCACGCCGCCUUGACAACAUCAGCAUGGGCUGGCCAUUCGGCACUGGUGAUGUACCUCUUGGAUGAACCGACGAGCGGCGCCGACAAUUGUACGGAUAUGACCGACAACAGCUCUCGCUAUAUAACGACGAUUCCACCGCUGUAUGGUGGCGCCGAGGUCCACUACUUCAAAGGCUCGGCAACGUACUGCGCGGUCAGUCAAGGCCAUCUCGAGAUCGUUGAGCUGCUCGUCGCGCGCGGCCACGCCGUGCCAUCAACUGCCAUCAAUGAGGCCGUCUCGAACGGUCACUUGCACGUCGUGCGGUACCUCCACGAGGGGUUCGGUCACAUCUGCACCUGCUACCGGUCCCUCUUGGAAGCGGUCGUGGGCCUUCACAUGGACACUGUCGCGUACGUCCUGCGGAAGAGUUGCUGGCAACUCGGUCGGUCCCUGUCCAACGACGACAGGACCGACAUCGCUUUGCAUAUGCUGCUCGUGGCCACGGCGCGCAGCGGCAGCCUGUCCACCUUGCAGCUCGUUUGCGACAUCUUUCCCGUCAAUCUCGCGACAGAAUUGUCACGCCGCGUCUCGGAGCGCAUGCUCCUUCGCGCAGCGUCGCACGGCCACCUCGAGAUGCUGCAGCAUUUGCACGACCGCUACGGCUUUGGAUGGACGCCUCUGGUUCGAGAGGCGGCGAUGCGUCGUGGCCACAGAAAGGUGCUGCGCUACAUUGGGACGCUCGGGCCCGCGACAGCUUCCGCCCAUGCUAUCGACGAGCGUGGGCUCUGGCGCGAAGGACGUGAUCUCAUGUUUCACCUGGCGAGGGUCGACGGUGUGCUGCGCGUGCAGCCCAUGUGA